AUGGCUACUGUGAUACCGCCUCCAUCUAAGAAACAAAGAAAAGAAGCUCAAAAGACUCGGGAAGUGGACAUUACUCCCUCAGAUCUGCCUCAUGUAUCUAUCAAAUUUGAAGCUCUAGAUACAGGUGAAAAUGUUGGUGGAUCUCUAAGAGUACCUGGUGGUAUUAGCGAGGGACAGUUAGAACAACUUUUAAACCAGUUACAAGGCUCAGCUGAAGAUCCUGUUCCAUACACUUUCAGCUGUAGUGUUCCCGGUAAAAACAAAGAGGAUCCACCCCAAAAUGUAGAUAUCACUGACAAUUUGUGGUCAUCGUUAUUAAAACCAGGUUAUAAGACUCCUGAAGAUCAAAUAACACUUGUAUUUACACCAAGAGCUGUUUUCAAAGUUAGACCUAUCACAAGAAGUUCAGCCGCCAUUGCAGGUCAUGGAUCUACCAUUCUAUGUUCAGCAUUUGCUCCUGAUACGAGCUCUAGAAUGGUGACCGGUGCGGGUGAUAACACUGCACGUAUUUGGGAUUGUGCUACUCAGACUCCUCUUUCUGUAUUGAAAGGCCAUUCCAACUGGGUUUUAUGCGUGGCAUGGUCUCCUGACGGUGAACUCAUUGCCACUGGCUCGAUGGAUAAUACCAUUAGACUAUGGGAAUCCAAGGCAGGUAAACCAUGGGGCGAUGCUAUGAAGGGACAUUCCAAAUGGAUAACUUCUUUGACAUGGGAACCGUUACAUUUAGUGGCAGCUGGUGAUAAGCCAAGAUUAGCAAGUGCUUCCAAGGAUGGUACCAUUAAGAUCUGGGAUGCAUCUCGUAGAACUUGCCUUUAUACACUAAGUGGCCACACCAAUUCCGUCUCGUGUGUCAAAUGGGGUGGCCAAGGUCUGCUUUACACUGGAUCCCAUGAUAAGACUAUCAGAGUUUGGGAUAUUAAAGCUGGUGGUAAGUGUAUCAACAUUUUGAAGUCCCAUGCCCAUUGGGUAAACCAUCUGUCAUUAUCAACCGAUUAUGCCAUUAGAGUGGGGCCAUUUGGACCUGAUGGUAAAGCUAGUCCAUCGCCACAAGAGGCAAGAGACAUCGCAAAGAAAAACUAUGAAAAAGUCGUCAGGAAAAGUGGUCAAGUGGAAGAGCUUAUGGUUACCGCUAGUGAUGAUUUUACCAUGUUUUUAUGGAACCCUCUCAAGUCUGCAAAACCAUUGGCAAGAAUGACUGGACAUCAAAAACUGGUCAACCAUGUAGCAUUCAGUCCUGAUGGUAGGUAUAUCGUCUCUGCAUCCUUUGAUAAUUCUAUCAAAUUAUGGGAUGGUAGAGAUGGUAAAUUUAUUGCUACAUUCAGAGGUCAUGUUGCUAGUGUCUAUCAGGUUGCAUGGUCUUCUGAUUGCAGACUUUUGGUUUCUUGUUCUAAAGAUACUACUUUGAAGGUUUGGGAUGUUAAGACCAGGAAAUUAUCCGUAGAUUUGCCUGGUCAUCAAGAUGAAGUUUAUACUGUUGACUGGAGUGUCGAUGGUCAAAGAGUCUGUAGCGGUGGUAAGGAUAAGAUGGUAAGAUUAUGGACACAUUGA